AUGGCCACCUCUGAAGUACUCAUCCCUGAAGAAAUUCCCACCUCUGCCAUCCUCGCACCUACCACUGACACUUCACUCUCAAAACACCGAAUUGUCACGCCUGCACCCUCUACACCCUCUUUCUCAUACAGUCUGGAUGUUAUCUCUGUCAUCGGUGUGUUGGUGCUGGGGUGUGGCAGGGUGUGGUGUGGGGAGAUACUACACUACAGUGAGUCCCAACACUCGAGGAGCGAGGAAGGACUCCCUGGUUACAACGUUACAGGGACGUGGAGCUGGGUGGACAGUUACGGGGAGAGUCACCACAUCUGGUACGUUGCUGACACCGGAGGCUUCAGAGCCUUUGGAGACUCUGUGCCCAGUCAGCCUGGAGCUGCCGCCGAGCUCAUCCCUAUCGGCGUCCCCGUGGUGACGGGCGUCCCACUUUUUACUGGGCAAAGGACGCUAGCCAAGGGUGUCCCAGCAUUUCCAGCCGAGAAGAGGACCUUGGAAGAGGGCGUCCCAGGGCGCGGGGCGGGACAAAGAGUGCCUGUAAAGGGCACUGGAUCUCACCCACAGCAAGGAACCGCCCCCGCUGAGUCCCUCUCGUCAGGUACUCAGCCCAGAGAUAUUUUCUUGCAGAGUCUCACAGAGGAAUUUAAAAAUAGCAUCGGAAACGGUGGUAACUGCAGCUUGACUCCUGGUAGUGAUGAACUGAGGGAAAGCGAGAGUGAUGUGAGUAUUACAGCUGAUCAUGUGACCACACCUUCUGUUGCUGCUCGGGGCGUUGCACUACCAGUUUUUGCCUCUCAACACACUAGCUCAGAGUUUGUUGCUGGUCAGUCGGAACACGAGGAAGAUGACUUGUUGCUGCAACAGCCGGAGGAACCUGCAUCACACACUGCCAAGCCUCUUGCCACGUCUUCGGAGAACAAUGUUAUGGCUCCUGUGUUCGACAAAUUAACCUCUGGGUUUGGUGAUCCUGAUGAUAACCCCCAGGAGUCCCGAGAUAUAAAAAAUGCCUUAUUAGAAAUAAUGAGUUUGCCACCUGAUCAGCCUAUUACGGGAACAGAUUUCGUACUUGUUAACCGUAUUCGGAUACCCAACGUGCCCAAACCUCGGGUCGGGUCCCAGCAGCUGGUGCCGCAGCCCGUGAGCGUGAAGGGACGGAUACCACCCGUCAUCAUGGGACUCCAUACCUCCGGCAGAUCAACUCACCGCCGCCUUCCUCUCGCUGCAAGGUCUCUGGCUCCGCUGGGGAUCCACCUCCUUAAUCUAGUACCAUUCCAGGAUAGCCGCAAGAACAAACAUGCUAACGGGCCGGUGCCUAGACCCGUACGGGUAGUAGGAGAACCAAGCCUCGACAACUUCUACCGUCCUGCCCAGCUGGUUUUCACUACGCCUUCUCCCUUCAGACUACCAAGCCCCAUACGCGACUACGACUACCAGUAUUUCGAUUACGACUACGCCGACUAUGAAUCUGGUUAUAAGAGUGGCCGAGAGAGCUCCUUCCGUAAAACUAGAAGUAAAUCUCUGGGAGAAGGAAGCGAAGAGAAUUCCAAAGAAAGCGGCUUUCCAGACAGCGAAGAAAAGGAGGACUGAGCUAAGAAACACUGAGCUGAGUUCAGAAGCAGACAUUAGUUCCUGACAGCUUGAGGUGUUCGCGCCUUGAAGUUUGUGUAAGGAAAAUGAUGGCUUUCGAGAGGCCAAGUAGGAACACAUUAGUAGCAUGAGGUCUAAACUAAGAUGGGUGCUUCCUGG